UUUACUACACAUCCCUGUUUUAAAUUCGAAGUCGGCUCCAAUUUGUAACAUAUUUUGUUGUGCUGCACGUGAUUUUUAUCCCGGAUUUUCAGCAAAAAAAAUACAAGCAAGUUAUGUCUGUUUCGAAUUUAGAAAGUUUUCAGAAACGUGCUGAAGCUGCGGAAAAUGAAAUUGAAAUUUUAAAAAAAGAGAUCGCUAGUAUCAAUAGUUUAUUAGCUGAGAAUGUGGCAAAAAAACUCAAGAAUGAUUCAUCAAAAUUGUCUCAUCAAAUAGAAGAUUUAAAAGAUAAUCUCACUGGAGAAGUUGAAAAAUUACAACAAGAAAAUGCGAAAUUAAAACAUCGUGUCGCAAUUUUAGUGCGGGCAGUUGAAUCAUACAGAGGAAAUAGUUCAUCGUCAGGAUCAAAUAUGAAUGUGUUAAUAAGCAUUUCCGAGGAGCUUAAUAAUAUUUUCGAAAAGGCGAUUAAUGCGGCAUUUCCUGAAAUUCCGGACCCGCCAAUUGUCAUUGCACCAGCUGGUAAUCCGAAAUUCGGAGAUUAUCAAUGUAACAGCGUUAUGGCUCUUCGAAAGCUUCUUGAGGAACAAGGUAAAAAAUUAUCUCCGCAGGAAAUCGCCAAUGAAAUAGUAGCGAAAUGCUCGUCCUCGCCACUCAUUGAAAAAUUAGAAAUCGCUAAAGCUGGAUUCAUAAAUAUCUUUUUAAAACGUGACUAUGGCAUCACAUCGUUAACGAAUCUUGUAAAAGUUGGCAAAGUUUUAGCGCCAAAUUGCCGUAAAAAGAAGGUUGUCAUCGAUUUCUCGAGUCCAAAUAUCGCAAAAGAAAUGCACGUUGGUCAUUUGCGAUCGACAAUUAUCGGCGAUAGUAUUGCUCGUCUUUUGGAAUAUUUAGGUCACGAUGUGUUACGUAUCAAUCACAUUGGCGACUGGGGAACACAAUUUGGAAUGUUAAUCGCCCAUUUACAGGACAAAUUCCCCAAUUAUUUGAAUGUUUCGCCUCCAAUUUCAGAUUUACAGAGUUUUUAUAAAGAAUCGAAGAAAAGAUUCGAUGAAGAACAGGAAUUCAAAGUUAGGGCCUAUAAUUGCGUCGUGAAACUUCAGGCUUUCGAUCCUGACAUUAUUAAAGCUUGGCAAUUAAUUUGUGACGUCUCUAGAAAAGAAUUUCAGAAUCUUUAUUCACGAUUGGAUAUUCGUUUAACGGAAAGGGGCGAAUCUUUCUAUCAGAAACGAAUGGAGACACUUGUCAAGGAAUUGGAAAUAAGGGGAUUCCUCGAAGAAGAUGAGGGUCGAAAAAUAAUGUGGGGCGAAAAUCCUGGUUCUGGAAUUCCUUUGACAAUCGUGAAAUCCGACGGCGGUUUUACGUACGACACAUCUGACAUGGCAGCAAUUAAACAACGUAUCGAGGAAGAAAGAGGCGACUGGUUAAUUUACGUGACGGACGCAGGACAAUCGGUGCAUUUUCAAACGAUCGAGAGUUGCGCAAAGAGAAGUUCAAUAUUAACAUCUCGACAUCGUAUGAGUCACGUGGGCUUUGGCGUUGUUCUCGGCGAGGAUAAGAAAAAAUUCAAAACACGUUCAGGUGAAACAGUGAAACUCAGCGAGUUACUUGACGAGGGUUUGAAUCGUGCCCUCCAAAAAUUGAAGGAAAAGGAACGCGAUAAAAUUUUAACACCCGAAGAAUUGCAAUUGGCACAAGAAUCAAUUGCCUAUGGUUGCAUUAAAUACGCCGAUCUCUGUCAUAAUCGUAAUUUGGAGUAUGUUUUUUCAUUCGACAAAAUGUUGGAGGACAAAGGUAAUACUGCUGUUUAUUUACUUUAUGCAUUAACGCGAAUUCGUUCAAUUGCACGCACUGCAAAUGUAACGCGUGAACAAUUGAAAAAUACCGUUGAAACAACAGCAAUAACAUUGGAGCAUGAGAAGGAAUGGAAAUUGGGUAAAAUACUUUUACGAUUUCCCGAUAUUCUCUUUAAAAUCACUAAUGAUUUGUGUCUACAUUCAUUGUGUGAAUAUUGUUACGAGAUCGCGUGUGCCUUCACGGAAUUUUACGAUAAAUGCUAUUGUGUUGAGAAGAAUAAGGCUGGGGAAAUUGUGAAAAUAAAUAUGGGACGACUUUUACUCACUGAAGCGACGGCAAUGAUUUUAGAACAAUGCUUCUCACUAUUGGGACUGAAACCAGUUGAGAAAAUGUGAAUAUUUUUCUACUCAAAGAAAAAAAAUUUGUUUCCGUUUUUAAUUUAUGCUUUUUUUUCUAUUUGAAUUCGUUUUGUUGGCGAAUUAUUUACAAUAAAUUAUUUGGCAAAAUUUUUA